AUCAGGGUAACUUGUAUUGAGCCUCACGACCUGACUUUCUGACCCGUCACUACAAAGCCAGUCUGCCGUCCAUUAGCUUCCUGUAAUUGCCGACAAUACCCUGGCAAGACAACGCAAUAUAUGCUUUGGCAAUGACCCCUUAAACACAGGUCCCUCUCACGCCGUGAGAAUUUGUGCCUCUGCGCAGCCACAACCAACCCUCUCCGUGAACGACACGACACCGAUGGCAUCGACGACUCUCACCACCAUGUCUCCUGCCACGGAGAAACUGGCCCCUCCAGUUGCUGCCCCGGCAGUUGUGCCUGUGGCUCGGAAGUUCAAGGCUUCUGAGCUACCUCUACCCUCCGCGACGCGCUCUGCAAUCGAGGGCCUUGCGCACUCGUUCAAGAAGAAGGGAGGCUACGAUGCCAUCCGCAAGCAGGUGUGGGAGAAGUUUGGGGCAAGCGACUAUGAAGCUCAAGUCACCAAAGCCAUCCUUGAAGUGGCUGAGCAAGAAGUCGAGAGAAACCCGAACCAGCUUCUCACUCUCGAUCGCGGCAAGGCAGCCGCACUCAUUGACGGCGCGUUGGAUCGCAGCGGCGUCUACCAAAAGGCCGAGUCCGUUCUCGAGGGCCUAAUCGACACGGAUGCGAUCGAGGCGCGCAUCCGCGAAUUACGACGCGCCGAAAUCGGCGACGAUAGUGCAAGGGAGGAACGCGAGCGCGGCGCGAAGACGGACGAAGAGUACGCGGCCGAGACGGCCGCCCGACGAGCCGAGAGAGAGCGCGUCAGACAGGAGCUGCGGGAGGUUGAGGAGAAGAAGCGGAAGCUGGAGCGGGAAAUCCGGGAGCGGGAAGAAAUCAAGAGACGAGAGGAGGAGCGGGCUGCCCGCGAGGCUCGGCGGAAGGAAGAACGCGAACGGGACGAGAAGAGGGAAAUGGAACGACAAGAGCGCGAUCGUGAGAGGGAGAAGGAGAGGGAACGCGACCGUGACCGCGACCGCGACCGCCAUCGCAGCCGCGAUCGCCGCGACCGAGUCCGGAGUCGCGAACGGGAUCGCAGCCGUGAGCGUCAUCGCAGUCGUCCCCGCGACCGAAGCCGUGACCGUCGUGACAGAGAUCGGAGCCGGGAUCGGGCCAGGGAUAGGGAUCGGCACCGCGAACGUGAUAAGGACCGAGCCCCAGAUGAUCGCGAUGCGCGCGCGAAGAGUUCCAAGGAUUCCAAGGACGAGGUCGUCAAGAAGCAACUUUCUAAGGAGGACCACGAACGACUGGAACAGGAAGCAUUGGCCGAUCUCCUGAGAGAAAGCAAGCGUGCUGCGCCAAAACAGCCAGAGAUUGAGAUUGACGAGGCUCUCAUUCCCCCACCCCGCCGCAUCAUGCCUGCCUCUGCCAUUGACCCCAUCCGCCGAGGUUCGCCAAAGGUGACCGAGUCUAAGAGACUCGUCGAGGCCGCCAGUGUCAGACCUGAACCGAAAGAUACGAACCCGGUUAAGGAGAUCAAGGAUACCAAGGAUACCAAGGACACCAAGGACACCAAGGAGAGCAAAGAGUCUAAGGAUCUCAAGCCUAAAGAAGAGCGUCGAAAGACUAGAAGUCCAUCUCGUGCUCGUCGGGAUCGAGAUCACGACGUCAACAAGGAGGCACCAAGGGAGAAGGACAAGGUCAGGGAGCGAGAACGGAGCCGUGUGGACGAUCGCAGAAGAAAGGAUUACCGUUCCUACUCGCCAAGGCGGCGGGAUCGAAGCCGCUCAAGAACGAAGGAUAAGAGAGACGACAGAAAGGACAGAAGUCGUUCUCGGGUUCGAUCAGAGCGACCUGAUCGACGAGGUGACCGCCGGGAUGAGAGAAGAGAUGACCGCGAUGAUGGCCGCAAAGAAGACCCUAGCGAGAAGCCACGAGUUCGAGCCGACAGGCGUGAGAGGAGUCGCUCACGAGUACGUACGGACAGGCGUGAUGAGCGCAGAGAAGGAAGCGCCUCGCGAGCCAGAGUCUCGAAAGAUACGAGGGACGAAAAGAAGGAGCGCAGUCGCUCGCCGCGCCCUCGAACCGACCGGCGCGAUAGGUCUCGCUCCCGCUUGAGAUCUGACAGGAGGGACCGUAGCCGCGAUCGAACCGAAAGAAGGGAAACGGGCCGUCGCGAGCACAGCCGGGCUAGUCGCCGGGGCCGUAGCAAGGACCGCGACCAGGACCGGGAACGAGAUAAGGAGCGGGAUAGAGAGCGAGACAGACCCAAGAGGAGCCGCUCGAGGUCACCACCGCUUUCCGCGGCUAGACCUCCGCCUAGCCUGGAUCAUGACGGGAAAGAGGCAUGGAAGCAAGCCGAGGUCAAGAAGCGGGAGCAAGAAGCCAAGGCAUACCUUGCCGCUCAGCGGGAGGCCCGCGAGAAAGGCAAGCCCAUCCCCGGCAUCGAUGAUAGGCGCGCCGGUGAUUCGUCUCCCGACAUCAAGCGCCGGCGCGAAACCGACGACAUUGAUCGCUAUAUUCCCGCUGGCAGUGUCCGGGACCGGGAUCGGGAACGCCGAGUCGAACGGCACCGAGACGACAACAGGGAGAGAGACAAGGAUCGAGACCACGAUCGCGACCGUGACCGUGACCGUGACCGUGAGCGGCGGCCGGAUCACAAUCGCGAUUGGAAUCGUGAUCGCGAUCGGGACAGGGAUGACAGAAGGCGGCGCAGCCGGUCGAGGUCCCGAAGUAGGAAUAGGGAGCGGGAACGGGAACGGGAGCGAACUCGUGACAAAGAGCGGGAGAGUGAACGAGACAGGGAUCGGGACAAGGACAAGGACCGGACUACGGACAGGGAUCGGGAUCGGGAUCGGGAUAGGGAUAGGGAUAGGGAUAGGGAUAGAGAUCGCCGACGGAGCAGGCCCGAUAGGAGCGUGUCUGUUCCGCUCAGGCGAGAACGCGACCGCGACCGCGAUCGUGACAGGGACAGGGACAGAGACAGAGAUAGGGACAGAGAUAGGGACCGGGACCGGGACCGGGAUCGCGGCGGCCGAGACCAUCGUGACUGUAGCCGGCGACCUAGCAGGAACCGAGGCUAAGGACGUACAGUAGUCCGAGGUUAUCUCUGUUACAAUGAGUUUAUCAUCGGAAAGGGUGGUUUCGGAGGCUUUGAUACCCAACAGUGGCGGGCGUUGGUCUACAUUUUACGGCAUUGUCGCAAAGCCCCGUCUGACUUUCCAUUUUACUGUAUAUUAGAACCCUAAGCCCCUUUCGCAUAAUCAUGAGAGCCGACCGAAACGGUCGGCACUGCCCCGAGAGUAUUCUCCUAGACAGACAGAGCAAGGCCAGCAUCAAGCCGUAAGAUAUAAAAUCCUAAUAUUACACCUGUACAACACCC